ACAUGCAAUAAGUGAAUUUUGCAAACCCUGCGAAUUUCCUCGUUUUUGUAAACAAUUAAAAUAAUAUACGAUUUGUUAGUACAGUUUAAGACAGCUUAAAACAGGGUUUUAAUAGAGAAAACUUCAAAGAAAUUAGGCUUCUGCGAAAGUGUGCUCAAAUGGCGUGCAAAAUCUGUUUGGUCAUCCUCAGCUUGUUUGCACUUUGUAGCAUUUCUGUUGCAUUAAAAUUGAACUAUCCGCGUGUGUUGCUACCAAUAUUUAACAAAAUAUCAGUAAAUUUUACUUUGGAAGUCAUUGAAAAAGGAUGUUUUAAGUGGUCAUCAUCCCGCCAAGAUCUAAUACUUGUCACACCACUCUAUGAAGAUGUGGAAAGCGAGUGCUCCUACCGUGCAACAGUGACUGUAUUAACACGUGAAGCUCAUCACAAUGCUGCCAUUGUGUUGGCCGAGGACGUCACUACUGGUGAAAAUUUGCGUUGCGAUGUUAUACUUGAUGUUAUUGACAAAUUAGGUGUACAUACAACAACACGACAGCUCUUUCUAGAGGAAGCGCCGGAGACGUUUGAGCUGCGUGCGGAAGAUUCGCAAGGCAAUGAAUUCACUACACUAGAAGGUAUUGAGUUUAGUUGGGUGAUCUCUUCUUUGAGCAGCCGUGGGGGUAAUAAAAAUUGGGCGCCGGCUUUACGAUUCCUUACCUUCAAUGAAAGUCCUUAUCACGUGGUGCCUCCGGCAUUGGAAAAGUUUGAGGCACAGCGAUUAAAAGGUUAUAUGGUGUUGUUAGAGGGCAUCAACACAGGCACUGCUAAGGUUACUAUUAGUAUUCCUUAUCCUGAGUAUAGUCAUGUGCCAAAAAUAGAGGUGUUUAUAAACGUUUUGGCCAAUAUCAUACUAGAACCUUCAGAUGUGCAUUUGCUGCCUGGUGAUACAAUCAACUUCCGCAUAUUGCAAUUGAAAAUGGGCAAACUACAGGAAAUUUCUCUGAAUGACCAAUACUUCUUAGAAAUCGAAGAUAGUAAAGUCGCAUCAAUAAGCGGUAAUAGCGCUAACGCCUUAAAACUUGGUAAAACCGUGGUAGUUUUGCGCGACCGAAAUGCACCGUUUGACGAAGAAAAUAGUCAUCUAGAUAGCGCGCUUGUAAAAGCUUCAACGCCCAGCGCGCGAGUGACCGUGGCUGAGCCUGUGCGUUUGGGUCUGAGCCUGUUGCCACACAAUAAUUGGAUUACGGUAGAGGGCGAAAAGCAUGAAAUAGCAUUGGAUUUAUACACACGUGAUGAUCACAAGAUUACACUAGGCUCACGUUUCUCCAUGCAAUCGGAGUUAGAUGAGGUGCUCUUCUAUAUACUAUCAAAAAACAAAAAUGGUAGUCGCAUAUACGGCGAAGCUAUGCGGGAGGGCGUUUCACCAGUUUAUGGUUAUUUCAAAGAACUCACAGCACAAGCUGAGUUGCAAAUUUUUAGUGAAUUGUUACUUUCCCCGAACAAAGUUAUACUUCCUUUCGAUCCUAACGUUGUAAAGACACAAAAAAUUCAAUUUCAUGCUCGGGGUGGUGAUGGAUCAUUUACUUGGCACUCGCAAAAUCAACGAAGUCUACAUAUUUCACAGACUGGACUCGUAAGCACAGUUAUACGGCAUUCGGAAAGCAAGCGCUCUCAAGGGGAUAUAUUUGAAGAAGGUGCAAUACUCACCACUCAUGCUACCAUUAGAGUGGCACUUACAAAGAAUCCCAAAAUUACUCGCCAGGCAGAUAUAUAUUUCUUGCCACCUAAUAAAUUGGAAAUUAUAAAACAUAACUUUGAAACAGCUUUGAAAGAUUAUGUACGUCUACAUGUCGCAAUAUAUGCCUACGUCAAUGAAACACUUGUGCCAUUCACACGUUGCGAAAAUCUUGUGUUUGAUUAUGAGUUUUCUAAUCAGAUCUUCCAAGUGGAUUAUAAUGAACCAACAACUCAAAUGCAGAAUAAUGCAUGCCAAGUAGUGCAUCUACGCAGCACUGCUGUAGGUCUUACUAAUUUGCGCAUCUCGUAUAAAUUCCAAGACAAAGUGCUUAAAGACGAGGUGACAUUAAGCGUAUUUGAACCACUGUUAGUUCUAAAUCCCACCGAGAAUGAAGUGAUAUUGCCUAUUGGUUCCUCGCGCAAUAUCAUUUACGCAAAUGGUCCACAGAAAAUGUUCACCUUGGAAAGCGAUUUAACAAAAUCAUUGGCAUACGACGGAGCCAUUGCUGAUAUCAGCGAAUUAGGGGUUGGGACACAGGAACCCAUGCACGUCUUCAAUGUCAUGUGUCGUAAAAUUGGCAAAACUACUUUCACAUUCAAUAUACACAAUGCUUUGUUGACCUCCAACUUCCAACCCUACAUUUCCACUGUUAGCACCACAGUUCAUUGCGUUAAACCACGUUUCCUUAAUCUUUAUGCAACAGAACAGUUGCGGGCCUCUUGCCCAAUGGAGGUGAAGAAUUCAUUGUUGCACAUUAAAGAGCGUGAUGACAAAUUUGAAAUCGAAAUUGAGGUACAGGAUUCAAAGAAUCGCAAGCUGAUGAAUAUUACUUCGCUGUUUAUUGACUGGGAAUUCACUGCUGGCGACGAGCGCUAUCAAAACGAUGUCAUCAUGCACUUUCGACGCACUGAAGAAGAGAUGUUCGAGGGCGUGAGGUUACCUUCGCGUGAUGUGCUCAUAACCACCAUAGCAGAUGUGGCACAGAAUUUCCGUAUAAAGGGUGUAGUGACGCGCUAUGAUGGAACGGUGCUGAAAAAACACGACAUUUACGCAGAAGAACCAAAUUUUGGUGUAAAGAAUCCCAAAACCGAUGAAGUGCUUACCCCUGUCAUUGAGAAUGAAAUUCGUUUUAUGGCUGUUAAUAGCACACUGUUCCCUAGUGACCACGUCAGCAUUUUUUUGGCUAAAAAUCGUCGUGAACGCAUACCAAUUUCUCAGGGCAGUGGCUUCUAUGAAUUCGAAUUAUAUGAACAAAACGUUGUAAGUGUUGAAUAUGAUGCCAAAGAAAAGGAAUUGGUGAUCACUCCGCUGCGCGUGGGACAUGCGCGCCUUGAGGUCAUCGAUCGCUGUUUGAUGACAGAGCCGGCUCAUCUUUCGAUUUCAGUUGUUACCAUCGGUUCUAUUCGUGUUGAGUCGCCCGAUCGCGUUGAGCGCACACAAUCUAUUGAAGCUAUUGUGAAGAUCUAUGAUUCCAAUGAUAACUUACUACAAAUUGAUCCAUUCAAUCUACACAUCUAUGAAUUGGCAGAAGAGAUUUUUAAUGCAGAUAUACUCAGUGUAACCUUGGGCGAGCAAUACGAUUUGGAGAGCGGAGAAGUGAAGUACAUUAUAACCGGCAAUAACCUGGGCGAGACGAAAAUCGUUUUUACAGCCGGAAGUGGCGAUUUGCUAGUCGCCAGUGAACCUGUAAAUGUGCAGGUAUUUCCACCACUACGACUCUAUCCACGCAACUCCACAUUGGUUGUAGGUUCAAGCGUACAAAUUUACUAUCAUGGUGGACCACAGCCGGAUGUAAACAUUGUCUUUUAUGUGCAGGAUAGAAAAGUUAUCUCAAUGGAGUCAGCCAUUGUUACAGCACACAAGCUGGGCACAACUAAAAUAACCGGUAAAUGUAUUAUGACAAAUCCCGGAAAUGGCAAAGAAGUGGUCAUAUCCGCUGACACAGUGGAAGUGCAUGUUGUACCUUUUGUGAAUAUACAAGUGAAGACACCUUUAGUGCGCAUACGUAGCGGUGCAGUAAUGCCGGCUGCUGUUUGGGGUGUGCCUGAUCUCUCACCCAUGGUGUUGGGCACGUUGGAGAACAUGCGUGUGACUUGGACAACAAAUCAACAGGAUGUGGUAGACAUUUACAAUGUAUUUGCGGAUUCUGGUGUUGAAUAUGACAGUCUAGAUCUCACAUCUGUGCGUAUAAAGGCUUUAAAUCCCGGCAAGGUUAAAAUUCAAGCCACUGUGGAACUAUCAACCGGUCAAAAAAUAACAAACUCUGUCGAAGUUGUUGUAUUCAAAAUUUUGGAACUUGAGUCGCCCAAGCACAUCACGAUGGAUUGGAUUUUAGUCGCGCCCCGUAGCACUAUACAGCUGAAAGCUAACUUGGAUGAUGUUGUCUAUAAAUUGGAUAGCGAUAGCAGCGGCAUAGUCAAGGUUUCUACUGAUGGUGUUGUGCGCACGCAGGAUACGCUAGGACGCGAUUUGAUUAUAGCCAAAACUUUCGAGCAGUCACUUCCAAUUGGCAUUGAAGUGAAAAAUAUACAAUAUAUUUUGACAUCGUUAGCAUAUCCCACGUCGCGUCUAAAGCAGACGGAAGCAAAAAUACCACGUGGCAUGAAUUUCGUACUGAAAAUUUCGCUGCAUGAUAAUUUAGGCAAUGAGUUUUCACAUAAUAUUGAUGAUGUAAAUGGACUGAAGUACGAUUUGUCGCGCAAGGAUAUUGUGGAUGUGCAAAUUGGGAAUAACCUAACAAUUGGGAUAAAUCUGCCGCGUGAAGCAAACAACAUGAUUGCCAUCAGCUUAAGAGAUACGACUGGAGUUAAAUACGCUGAGGAUUACAUCAAGCUGUCAGUGGCAGAAUCGCCAAACACCUUCCCGACUAAGACAAUUUUCUCUGUGGGCGAUAUCAUUUGCUUCGAUUCACCGCUAACAUUGUCGUCAGUUUGGAGCAGUUCGGACGAGCAAAUUAUUGCAAUUGAAAAGUUUACAGGAGUAGCGCAAGUGCUGGGCAAUCGCUUGAAAUUGGGCGAAAAAAUUGUAGUUACCAACGGCGAUAAAGCAAGUGGCAGUACCAUAAAAUACGAUGUCGAAGUUCGUGAUGCGGAUGUGAUUCAAUUAUUGAAAUCUUUCGAUAUAUUUAGCGGUUCAACGUAUCGAGGACAUUUGGUUGUGCGCAAUCAUUUGCAAGUGGAUAAGUUUACCAACUUGCUCGCCAGAAAUAUUUCGAAAUGUUCAAGUGCCCUUGAACGCAUACCCGCGGUGAAGCUAUUCAAGUGUCGCCUAACAUCGAAGAAGUCCUUGGGCCAACAGCUACUCGAACAUUAUGUGGUAACGCCCAUUUUUGAGGCCGACACCGGACGCUAUGCGUGUCAGAUUGAACUGUCGUCGGAUUUCAAUGAAGUGCUUAGCCUUGUGAAGACUAAUGAUGUCCACUUCGAUUUGGAGGCUCAGCUGCCAAAUGGUUUAUCGGAUGUUAUGUCAUUGAAAUUUGUGCCGGGCGUGCGUGUUACACCGGAAACGCUGGAGGCGACUGAAUUGAAAGAACAAGAUUUAACAAUCACCGGACUGGACAAAGUGCUGCAGAAGGUGGAGGUAAAAGCAUCUGAUGCCAAAUAUUUGCAAGUCAUACAACAAGUAAAAGCGCACGGCUCCUUGCAAUACAAGGUUAAGAUACUGCAUGAACUGCCAACGGAUGAGCAAUUAUUUGUGCAUGUCCAUUCACCAACAACACAACAAGACAUUGAGAUACCCAUACUCGGCGCUAAUACUUUGCUGCAAACUUGCUCCACACAACCGUUCAGCGAUUCAUCAUCGUUUUUCGUGAAGGUUAUAUCGAAUAUUGGUCUCAUCGUCACGGCGCUGGUCGUGCUGGCAUUCACUGUUUGGCUGUAUGUGUUCCUCAGCCCGCAACAGAGCAAAACGGAAAUCAACGCUGACGUCUUCAGCACCUCCAUAAAGAAUAAGUCGCGCACUGCCAGCACGCCAACAACAUCAGCAACACAAGGCAGUCCAGUCGGUCAAAUCUAUCCCAAUCUAUCACCCUAUUAUGGUCAACGCACGAGUCCCAUUAGCCCAAGUGGUUUAUCGUCUGGAAUUGAUACACAAGUUUAUGGCGAUUCGAUAUUGAUGUCACCGCAGCAACGCGUAAAUCGUCGAUAUUUAUAGAUGACUAGAAUUUAAUUUAUUUUGAAUAUGCGCAACUCAUUUGGCGCAAUUUAUUUUAUUACUAAUAUUCGUUGGAGUCAAAUUUUGUUGUGUAUGUUUUUUUUUAUGAUUUAGUAUUAUAUUUGUUUCUAUGUAAGCAUUAUUUGCAGUGGCAUGCUUUUAGGCGCGUGUCCUGUUUUCGUUUGAGAAGAUUUUUAUUAUUUUUCGUUUAAUUAUUUGACAUUUAAUUUUGCCGACUCAUUUUUGAUGUGAAAUAUUAUUUUUCUGUUUUUUAAUUUAUUAUUUUCUUAGUAAAUGUUAGGAAUAGCAUUAUGACGUCAUAUCAUCAAAUGUCAAGGCCCAUCGUACAGUCUUAUAAAUAAAAACGCUAUUAGCUGAUUGUCAAAAAAUCGCUCCCUCGGCAAAAGAGCUACGUACGCUACUUAUAGCACUGUACGUUGGUCUAAGCUUGAGCGAAUUCAUAUAAGGUGGUGUAGUUAAACAGCUGAUUUGCUUUGCCAUGGCACACAAAUGUCAAAAUUUUAUAUUUCGCCAUAGUGAGUAUAUGAGAUUAUUUGUAUUUUCUUUUCCUUCUCUGUCUUCAGAGAUGAAUAGUUGAAAUUUGACAUUUGUCUACCAAAAGCAAAAUCAAAAUGUUUUUAUUUCUAUGUUUGUGUUUAUUACCUUAUAUGAAUUCGCCGUGAUUUAACUCAUAGAAAGCGCCAAUAUUUCCUUUAUUUUAUAAGUAGAAUUUAGUGUAAAGGGAAUCUAAACCUUUCAAAAUUUAUAAAUUUCUAUUCAUGUUUAGUCAAAAAAUAAAUUUGUAAUUUAACUAUUAAUAUGUAUGUAUGUAUUAUAUGUUAGUAAUGGUAACUUAAAGUAAGGUAUGAAUUAUGUCUUUAAAUAUAAGUAUGUAGUAAAUUAGGUUAAUAUUAUUGACUUGAAGAAAAUGUUUAGUUUUGUUUAUAUCCUAAUUUGUUCAACGUUUUUUGUUUUUAAUAUUGAUUUAUAACUGAAGGAAAAAAAUGAAGUAUCUAACUCCAAAUAAGUUCACAAAUAUGUCACACAAGUUUCGAAUUACCUAUUUAUGGACUCUCUGUUUAAAAUUUUUGAAUUUUCAUAGAAAAAUAUUAUGCUUUAAAAUAAAUAAAACAGAAAUUAAUUCAAACAAAAAGUUUCGUUAGCUUGUAGGUUUUAUAAUCGAUUGAGGUCUUGUAAAUUUACUGCUUGGCAGGUAAAAAGCGCUAAGUUGACUUCAAAUUAUUUAUACAAAGUCGACAGCGUUAGUACUAACCUCCCACUGCCAGUCUUUUAAGCGCUUUAUAUAGCUGGAGUAUACUGUUUUUGU